GAAAGAGUCAAAAAAGGAACUACACAUGGAAAAAAAUUGUCCCAGCAACAGGAAAACGUUCUAAUUAGUCACUCAUUUAUGCGCAUAUGGUCCUUAUAAAAUGUUGUUCUUAUAAAGAAGCAACAACUGGCAAGAAUCACUCUGGUAAAGAAAAUUUUGAGUGAGAGGCAAAAUGAGUAACCGAGAAGCUUUUAAUAUCGAAACAAACUCCAUAAAAGAUGACCAAAUCCUCGAAGAGGGACCAGCUUCAGCUCACGCUAUUGGCAAUGAUUCAUGGCAGCAGGUCAGCUUGUUGCUCGUAACGAGCUUCAAUUGUGGAUGGAUAUUGAGCUUUUCAGAUCUUAUGUUGGUGCCCCUGGGUUGGGUAUGGGGUAUCAUCUGCUUACUUCUUGUUGGGUUCUUUAGUUGCUACUCAAGCUGGGUAGCAGCAGGUUUUCACUUCAUCGAUGGCCAGAGAUUCAUCAGAUACAGAGACCUCAUGGGAGUUCUAUUUGGAAAGAAAAUGUUCUACACCACAUGGAUUUUACAAUUUUCAACCUUUAUUUUGGGAAAUAUGGGUUUCAUCCUUCUUGGGGGAAAAGCACUGCAGGAGAUAAAUCUGGUGUUCAGCGACACAACCAUGAGGCUACAGUAUUUCAUCAUUAUCACAGGAACAACAUACUUUAUUUUUUCUUUUGUUGUCCCAAACCUGUCUGCCAUGAGAGUGUGGUUAGGAUUGUCGGUAAUUCUAACCUUCGCUUAUAUAGGAGUCCUUCUUGUGACAACAAUAAACGAAGGCAAACUUAUAGGCAAAUCUAGUAGACAUAGAGACUAUGACGUUAAGGGAAGCAAGGUGGAUAGGAUAUUUAAUGGCUUCGGAGCAAUAUCAGCCAUCAUUGUAUGCAACAAUUCAGGCAUGGUACCAGAAAUACAGUCAACCCUCCGGAAGCCAGCUGUCAAAAACUUGCGAAGAGCUUUGUAUGUACAAUAUACUCUUGGCCUCAUAAUAUAUUAUGGUGUUAGUAUAGCUGGAUACUGGGCUUAUGGUUCGGAAGUGCCAGAUUAUCUCCCUAAGGCACUAAGCGGGCCAAAAUGGGCGAAGGUCCUGAUCAACUUAGCAGUCUUUCUGCAAAAUGUCAUUUCACAACAUAUGUUUUUCCAACCUGUUCAUGAGGCCCUAGAUACCAAGUUCCUGAAAGUUGACGAGGGUAUAUACUCGAGAGAAAAUUUGAAAAGGCGAUUCUUCCUACGAGCACUCCUAUUUAUAGGAAAUACUAUCGUGACAGCGGCCAUACCUUUUAUGGGAGAUUUCAUUAACCUUUUGGGAUCAUUCACACUAGUGACAUUGACUUUUAUCUUUCCGAGCAUGAUAUUUAUCAAGGUUAAGGGAAAGACAGCUAGGAUUGUGCACACAGCAUGGCAUUGGACUAUCGUUCUUGUUUUUACCCUGCUUGCAAUGGCAACAACAAUUUCUGCAGUCCGAAAAGUGAUUAAAGAUGUUACAAACUACCAUUUAUUUUCCAAUAAUCAAUGAUAUAUUGAAGUGCAAAUAAACAGCCACAUUCUCUACUCAAGGUCAUAAUGUUCCUAUGACUAGCUUCCACGGUUUCUUUUUAUGUAAAAGGGCAAACAAACCUUUCGGCUGCACUUCAGAGGAUUCUUUAUGCAAUAUGCAAAAAGUGACAUAUCCAGCAGUGCUUAACAAAAGAAAAAUGUUCAAGUAACAAUGGAUCUACAAAGUGAAGCAGUUGAAGGCUAUCAACAUAAAUUAGUGAAGGGCCAUGAAAAGUUCGAUAGUUACUUGUAAGCUGUAUAGAUAUGCUUGGGGAAUUAUAUAUCUUUCCAGUUCACAGAAAAAAUAAUCAGGUAACAGAAAGGAAUAAGAGCAUGCAGAGAAAUCCCUUCCCCUUACCCAUGCUGACCAUGGGUUGUUCCCAACAUCGCUGAAGCUGAAAUUCAACUUUCCAGCAUGAAUUAUGUUGACGUAAUUAAAAAUGUCCAAUCUCAUGGUUGCAUGAUAAA